ACCAUAGACUGUAAAAAUAGCGUUGAACAUAAUCAAGAAUAAAACAUAUCGCCGUCAUCGAGCUACAACUCUCAAGAAAGCAACACACUGGUCCAAAAGUUCAUCUCAGGCCUGUCUGCAACAAGCUAACGUUAACUCUUUAACAGACCAUGGCAGGUGGAGAAUCACUGCUGGACAGUCAUGAGGAGUUGGAUGACUUCUCAGAUUCUGGAAGUGACUAUGAGGCCACCAUGAAAUCAACGAAGAGGAAAAAACUAGUCGUGCCUGGAUUUAAGCCACCCAAGAGACCCAGGCGUAAAGCUGCAUUGAAGGUGUCAUCCGGCCCCUCUCCUUCAGCCCCCUCCCUCCAACAGCAGCAGUCCCGAGGGACAUCCAGGCAGGCCUCUCAUAGACCUGUGGAGAGAGCAAACGAAGUGAACCAGGGCAUCAGUGCAAAUGAUCUCUAUACUGCUGUCAGCUCUGGAAAAGCUGCCAUGGUGACGCUGGUAGACGAGUGGCUGGACAGCUACAAGCAAAGUCGAGAGGCGGGGCUUCUGGUGCUCAUCAACUUCAUUGUCCAGUCUUGUGGAUGCAAAGGUGUGGUGAGCAGAGAGAUGUUUGACGGGAUGCAGAACGCUGAGAUCAUCGGCACACUAACCAAAGAAUUCAAUGAGGAUUCAGUGAACUAUCCUCUCUGCACCCCGGGCCCUCAGAUGAGGCGUUUCAAAGCCGGCCUGUGUGAGUUCGCUCAUGUUUUGGUGCGUUCCUGUCGAAAUAGCAUCAUCUAUGGGUACCUCUUCCCGUCCCUGUUGGCCUUGCUCACCGGCCUGUCUGCACAGGUCAGGGCCUUCAGACACACCAGCACCCUGCUUGCCAUGAAGUUGAUGACCGGGCUGGUGGAAGUGGCCGUGAUAGUGUCCAUUCAGCUGCAGACCACACAGCGGCGAUACGACUUGGAGAGCAGCAAGAGGGCACAUGACAGAGCUUCUGGCAGACUGGAGGAGCUAGAGGCCUCCAUCAGAGAGCUGCUGGAGAACCAAGGGGAAGUCUCCUCCAUGAUGAAUGCCACAUUUCGCGGUGUGUUUGUCCAUCGAUAUCGGGACCUGCUGGCUGACAUCCGGGCAACUUGUAUCGAGGAGUUGGGCGUUUGGCUGAAAGCUGACCCUGAAGACUUCCUCAAUGAUGGGUAUCUUAAAUACCUGGGAUGGACCCUGCAUGACAAGCAAAGUCCAGUGCGUCUGCAGUGUGUGCGAGCCCUGCAGGGUCUGUACCAAGAGAAGGAAUUCAUUGGCCGCCUGGAGCUUUUCACCAGCAGAUUUAAAGCGAGGAUGCUCAGCAUGGUGUUGGACAAGGACUCAGAAGUGGCGUUGGAAGUGGUCGAUCUGUUGCUGAUGAUCCAACAGAGAGCAGAAGGGGGCCUGAUGGAAGAGGAGUGCAGCCACAUCUAUCCUCUGGUUUUUGCUUCACACAGAGGCCUAGCGAAUGCAGCGGGUUUCUUUCUCUACAGCAAACUGAGAAGUGUAAUGUUGAGUGACCAGGACGAAGAUGAAAGUGACCAUGUAGCCUUCAUUCAAACCCUAAUCUCCUUCUACAUCCAAAGUGAGUUUCACGAGCAUGGUGCUUACCUGGUGGACAGUCUGUGGUCUGUGGCUGGAACUGAGCUCAGAGACUGGGAGACUAUGACAACACUGCUGCUUCACGGGACUGGUCUGAUGUACGAGGAGGAAGGCGCUCUCAUCGACCUGAUGAUGUGUGCGAUCCGACAGGCGGCACAGGCAACCCCACCUGUUGGGAGAACUCAGGGCAAAAAGAUCAUGAGUAUGAAGGACAAGAAGAUUCAGGAGCAGGACAGGAGGCGAAUCACCACACACUUCAUCCCCUUACUGCCACAGCUGCUGUCCAAGUACUCAGCAGACGAGUCGAUGGUGAGCCUCCUUCUCAAAGCUCCUCUCUACUUUGACCUUGAGAUGUACAGCCACUCCCCCAUGCAGGAGAAGCAUCUGGGCCUGCUGCUGUCUCAGAUAUGCAGUAUUGUGAAAAAGCACACAGAGGCCACUGUGUUGGAGGCUUGCGCACACCUGGCCAGCGCCCUCUGCUCUGACAGCUUCACUUUCUCCACCCGUGCACACCUGACAUUCAGCCAGAUGCUGGACAACCUCAUGGAGUGUUUCAGCACCUACUUAAGUGACCGCUGCAGGUAGGAGAGCAAGUAGUCCAUCCUUUAUGGUACUGCAGAUGAUGACGUCUACAACGGAACCAUGGCCUUGAAAAGGAUUGCAGCCUUCAGCAGUGCCAAGGACUUGACAAACUUGAAGCUGUUCGACUCCUGUGUGGAGCUCCUGAAGAGCAGGAUGGAGUCAGGAGAGCUCGAAAAGGAGCUCAUGGUGUCGGCUCUGAAGUGUGCAGCCUUUUACCUGAUGUGGGCUAAAGUGAAGGCAGUGAACUCCACACCACCUAAGGAUGAAUUAAAGGGUCUGCAGAAGGAGAUGCGUUCAUUCUGCAGAGUCAGCCAGGCCUGUCUGUCUCUGAACCAGGCUGAGAUAAGAGACCAGGCCUUUGAGCUGCUCUGUGACGUGCUGCUCUUGUACAGCAAGACUUCAGCUCAGUCUGAACCUCAUCUCCAAUCUCUGGUCCACCUGCCGUCUGACUCCCUGCGUUCUGAGAUGGCUGCUUUCCUCCUCGACUUCAUCUUCUGUGACGCUGAAGAUGCUGAGCUUGAUGUUGAAAGUGAGGAGGAGGUGAGGUUAACGCUUCUCCAGAGGAAGCGCAACCAGCUGGCCGGCUACUGUAAGCUGGUCAUCUACGGCGUGCUGGACCUCACCGCCGCCACUGAUGUCUUCAAGCACUACAGCAAGUACUUUAAAGACUUUGGAGACAUUAUCAAAGAGACUCUGAGCAAGAGCAAGCUCAUCUGUCCUGUCCAGAGCGCCAAGACCGUUUGCCUGAGUCUGCAGCAACUGUUCUCAGAGAUGCUGACGGAGGACCACAGCAGGCGGGAUCUUGCUGGGAUCAGAGAAGUGGCAAGGAAGCUUGCCAUGAGCUUUGGCAUCGAUCUCCCCCGUGUCCGCAAACCACUGGUGGCCCUGCACAUGGAUGGUAUACAUUUUGCAUUCCGGGCACCACAGGAAGGAGAAGAGCUGCAUCCGAACGUCACCUUCUUGGAGAUCCUCAGCGAGUUUAGUUUCAAGCUGCUGCAGCAGGACCGCGUUAUACUGGCUGCUUUUCUGAAAUCUAAGUGUCCUGCUGCUGCCCUCUCCUGGCCGUCGACGAGAAUGUAUCAGCGCUCCUUGGAGGUCCGCUCUACCUCUAGAGCCCCGGAGCAAGGGGAGGGAGGGGACGCUGUACCCUCAGAUGACACCCCUGCUAGUAAACGAAGUAGAAUCAUGGCUCAGGGUUCAGCGUCUAGCACAGUCAGAGAAUCCUGGUUGGAAAGCAGCAGCAUCCACAGCAGCCUGCCCACCCCCGCUCUCACCUCCACCGCGCACAGACAACCAGCCAAGCGGACGACCUCCAGGAAGCCCAGAGCAGAAGAGCCAAACAUCGGCAGCGGUUUAAUUGAGCCAGAGUCAGAGGAUGAGUUCGCCUCGGGGUCAAACCUGCGAAAGGUGAAGUCUACAAAACGCCGACAGCUCUCCUCCUGCCAGACCAGCUCCGUUAUGGAUGAGCAAGACCUGAACUCCCACCUCACCCUGCUCUCUCUGAUUGAGGAUGAAGAUGAAGGAAGAGCAGAGAUUGAAGAUGAGGAAAGAGCAGAGAUUGAGGAUUAUGAAAGUGACUCAAACCAUGAUUCUGAAUAUGCACUGCCCUCCACUCGUCACUCAACCAGUGUCCUCGAAGAGCUGUUUGACUGAGGACACCGGAGACCAGGACCACCAAGGGGACAACAGUUCUUUUGAUCAAUACGUCUCACCACCACCACCACUGUGUUUUCAGUGUGUCUAGCAUUUCUUGGUGUAUGCAGUAGUCUGUUCUUUGAAAUAUCCACUUACUGAGUUUGACUGUUAGAUCUGUGUCGGUCCUUAGUUUUGUUCAGGGAGGAGAAGAGACAUGCGAUAUUAAAUGUUUGUGGAUAAAAGCUGUUGUAUGUCAAUCCAAAGAUUGUUCAUGUUUUGACAUAAAAUUCUCCAGAUAAACAAAGAAUUGUGAUUAGUGGGGAGCAAAGAAAAAACUGUUGCACUGUUAUUAAUUGAAAUCUCGUAUUUUUUUCUGUGGAAAAUUGAUUUUGUGUUUAUUAAAGUAUUCUUAAUUUGAUUUAUAAAAUUGUUAUAUCAACAUGAAAACUCAAA